AUGUGGUUUCUCAAAAAUACCUUCGGAAUUAUAACACUUCAAAUUGGUGUCAUUUCAUUCAGUUCAAUGUUUAUCACUUUGGCAGCAUGUAUUUUAUUGGUUAAUGUAUUGUCUCUAGAUAUAGAAGACCCAAUGGCAUGGAUGAUCAUGUUUGUAUUUAUUUUUAUUAUGGUCAUUACGUGGUCGAUUGCUUUCAAAGGAGCUUACAAAGAACUACAAAGUUUAAUUUCUACGGCUACGGUAAUUUGGGCAGUKUAUAUUGUAAUAUGGAAUGUAUUAGUUAUAUGGUCAUUUAUUCAACAAAACAAGAACAUUUGUAUCGGAGCUAGAUGUCCGGAUACGUUAUGGCUAAUGAACAAUUCGUGGUAUGAAUUAAAACAUAUUGCAAUUGAAAAGAAUAAAACAAAUAUUUAUAAAGGAUUAGGAUUAGAAAAAGUUAAGCUGUUAAUUGAACAAAAAAAAGCUAAUAAUGAAAUAAUMAGUACUUUUAAUGAGACAAGCAUGACACCAGAAAAUCGAUGGAAUUUAAUUUCAUCCGUAWUAUUAACAAUUUUGUAUACAAUUAUAUUACUUUACUCAUGGAUGAUUUUAUUCAGUUUCCGAAAAGAAAUUCAGCACAAGAAAAAUUUAGAAAYACAAUGA